AUGGCCCACUUCUCUUCCAGUGUGGUUUUGUUGGUGACCGUUUCCAAAGCUUUUGAAUUGGGAUUCGUUGCUGGUGAGAACCUGACCUUUAGAGAUGACACCAUUCAAUACAAGGAGGAACCUGCAGUACGUUCUCAGUCUUUCCAGUUUGUGCCUUCCAUGAGGAUACAGAACAGUAAGUUAUUAAAUAAAACCUGCUGUCUGAAUGGAGGGACCUGCAUCCUGGGGUCCUUCUGUGCUUGCCCUCCUUCCUUCUAUGGACGCAACUGUGAACAUGAUGUACGCAGAGAGCACUGUGGGUCUGUCCCCCAUGGCACCUGGCUACCCAAGCAGUGUUCCCUGUGUAGAUGCUGGCAUGGCCAGCUCCACUGCUUCCCACAGACCUUCCUACCUGGCUGUGGUGGCCAUGUGACGGACCAGGAUCUUACAGCUUCCAGAACUCCAGAAUUAGCACCAUCUGUACCAACCACUUUCUUGCUAGCUGCCAUCUGCCUUUCUGUGCAGAGUUACUAUUAA